AUGGGGGAGAAGCCGGGCCAGGGCAGGAAGGAGGCGUGGCAGGGCGAGUCGCUGCGCACGCGCAUGAAGCGUGUCAAAGUGUACCGGUUGGAAGAUAAUGGGAAGUGGGAUGACCAGGGAACGGGUCAUGUAACCAUUGACUAUAUAGAGGGAUCAAAAGAUCUCGCUCUUGCUGUCGUGGAUGAAGAGGAUAAUGACACUCUGCUGCUUCACAACAUUACACCUGAUGAUAUCUACAGGAAACAAGAAGAAACAAUCAUCUCAUGGAGGGAUCCUGAAAAGGCACUAGAAUUAGCACUGAGCUUUCAAGAAGCCGAAUCAUGCUCAUUCAUAUGGGAGAAUAUGUGUACCAUACAGCUUGAACUACAAUCUAAAAUCCUUGGCUCUCAUGAAGUUCGUCCACAACGAACAGUGAAAUCUCUAGAAGCUCCAAGAGAUUCACUUUCGCGUGGUAAAUCCUUAGCAUUUGAACUUCCUCCUCUUGAAUUGUCCAGUCUCUCUGUUAUUUUAAAGACUAUACUGCUAUGUGAUGUGACGCAGCAGACACGUCUCGCAGAUUUAAUAUUGAAAGAUCGUGAUUUUUUCCCCAAGAUAGUGGACCUUUUCAGAACAUGCAAGGGUUUAGGGGACAUGGAUGGUCUCCACAAGAUCUUCAGAUUAGUCAAGGCAAUCAUAUUAUUGAACAGUGCUGCUAUAUUUGACAAGAUUUUCUCCGAUGAUUUUAUUCUUGACAUAAUUGGUGUCCUUGAAUACGAUCCAGAGGAUCGUAAUGUGCAAAAUCAUAGUGCUUUCCUGAAGGAGCAUGCAGUUUUCAAGGAGGCCAUACCCAUUAGAAAUGCUUCUGUGGUUUCAAAGAUUCAUCAAACAUACAGAAUAUGCUAUAUAAAGGAUGUUAUAUUACCGAAAGGACUGGAUGAAGCUACUCUGGCAAGCCUUAACGCAAUUAUUAAUGCGAACAAUGCUUUUGUUGUUUGUCUACUGAAGGAUGACACUUCUUUUAUGCAAAGACUGUUUGCUACUAUGAGGUCUUCAAAUAUUUCCGCUGAAUCAAAAAGAGAACUGGUCUUGUUUCUGCGUGAGUUUUGUACUGUCAGCUCAAGUCUGCAGCCUGCUCAACGAAUGCAACUAUCUAGGGAUCUAGCAAGUCGAGGUGUCUUUGAUAUAAUUUCUGAUGUGCUGCGGAGUCAGGAAAAAGUGCUUGUCUCAGCUGGGACAGACAUCCUACAUUAUCUUACUCAAGAUCCUAACUUACUGAGAUCAUAUAUUGCAAACCACGAGGAAAGUUCUAGAGAAGGCAUUUCUCUUCUUGGGCUUCUGAUUGAAGGCAUUGCAACUGACUUCGGUGGCGAAAUGCUCUGCCAGUUUCUGGAAAUUCUGAAGGUGCUGCUGGAUGGAUGUACUGCGGAUACGGUUACACAAUGUAGAGACUUCAUCGAGCUAUUUUAUGAGAAGUGUUUUGAUAAGUUGAUCAAUAUAAUAGAAUCGUCAAGAGUUGAAGAAUAUUCUGCGAAGCUUGAAAUAUUGUAUAACAUUUGUGAGCUCUUAUGCUUUUGUGCACGUCAUCACCCCUACAAGAUCAAGAUCACCUUUUUUGGAAGCAAUUCAAUGGAGAAGAUCCUUACUCUAACCCGUCGAAGAGAGAGGUCUUUGGUUGUGGCAGCUGUCCGAAUCAUGCGUACUAUUAUUGGUGCUUGCAGAAAUGACGAGCUUCUAAUUAGCCAUGUCAUUGAAUUCAACACGUUGAAACCAAUUAUUGAAGUAUUUGUUGAAAAUGGGAAUAGAUACAACAUGCUACACUCCAUGGUCCUCGAACUGUUGGACUUCAUAAGAAAGGAAAAUCUAAAAUCCCUCGUCGUAUAUGUUGUUGAGUCUUUUUGGGAUCAACUUUUGAUGUUUGAACAACUGACAAGCAUUCAGGCCUUCAAACUCAAGUAUCAAGAGUACGUGGAUAUUGCUGAGGAAACGCAAACUACCAGUGUGGAUCAUACGAGAAAGGCAGAUGAAAGAGGUCUUGAUAAGGAAGAGGAAGAUUAUUUCAGUAAAGACAGCAAUGAAGAAGAUUCUGCUGCACAGACCAGACAUGCACAUCAACAAUGCCUGGUUAAGCCAGCUAAUGGAAGUGAAAUCCAUCACAUCCCUGCAAGGCCUAAAUCUGGUGGUCUUGUGGAUAAUGACUCCGACAAAGAUUAUAAGCCAUCUCCCAAGCGACCCGUAAAAGCCGAUGAAGCCUUAAAUAUACCCAUGGCGAGCCCAAGUUCAUUGGACAGCAAAGAUGCAGAUGGGAAUAUUCUAAAGAAGCCCAAGCUAGAAGAUAAUCAGUCACCACUCUCACCUGCUUCAAGCAUAAAAAAUUCUGACGGCAACGAUGAUGUAGGGAAGGCAAGCCCAGGCUCUCCAGAUCAACAACAACAUGCCCUGGAAAGCCUGGAUUCUGGCCAUCAAACUGGAGACGACUGUAUGAAAGAUGCUGAGGAUACAACAAAAACAACCGACUCUGAGCCUUCUACAGCAGGAUGA